UUUUUUUUAUUAUUAUUAUUAUUAUUUAUGUUUCAUUACCGAUGACGGAAGCUCCUUCUCAGUUCACAUUACCUGUGAUUGGUAUGACUUGUCAAUCUUGUGUCAAGUCUAUUACAAAUGCUUUACAAGAACUUCCUGGUAUUGUUUCUGUUGUGGUCAGUCUAGAAGAUAAUCAAGCAACUGUGAUAACUGAUGGACUAUUGGAAGCUUCUGUUAUUAUCAAUACUAUUGAAGAUUGUGGUUUUGAUGUUCCUUUAUCUACCAAUACAAACGCUACUAUUGUUUUACCUGUACUUGGUAUGACUUGUCAAUCAUGUGUGAAAUCUAUUACUGGUGCUAUAUCAACAUUAUCCCAAGUCAAGUCUGUUAUUGUUAGUUUGGAAAAAGAAAACGCCACCAUUGUAUACGACAAUUCUCAAUCUGAUAUAGUAUCACUCUUGAUCAACACCAUUGAAGAUUGUGGAUUCGAUGUACCUUAUACCAAAACUUCUUCAACAACCCAGUCAACAGAACCUAUAGCCAUUCUUCCUAUGGACGAUCCUGAUGAUAUCGAAACAACGGCAAUGCUCAAAGAAAACAAUGAUCAAUAUGAUACAAGUCAGUUUGAAGUACGAGGUAUGACGUGUGCUUCUUGUGUCAAUAGUAUAGAAAAAAGUAUUCAAGGCCUCAAAGGUGUGAAAACAAUCAAAGUAUCCUUAUUGGCGGAACGUGCAACUGUGGAACAUGAUGCAUUGACGAUCACUGCUGCUCAAAUAGCUCAUGCGAUUGAAGAAUGUGGUUUUGAAGCUAUGGCAUUGGAAUCUUCUCAAAACGAUAUGGUGCAGCUUCAAGUAUUUGGUAUGACGUGCGCAUCAUGUGUACAUAGCAUCGAACGGGCGGUAUCAAAGUUGGAUGGUAUACUUUCAAUCUCUGUGAAUCUGAUGACGGAAACUGCAAAGGUGGAAUACAACGAAAAACAAAUUGGACUUCGAACUAUUGUGGAAACUAUCGAAAAUUUAGGAUUCAAUGCACUUGUAGCCAAUUCAACCAAGAAUGCUCAACUUGAAAGUUUAUCCAAGGUGCGUGAAAUCAAGGAAUGGCGAAAAGCUCUUAUCCAUAGUCUCUUCUUCUCAAUACCAGUAUUCUUCAUUGCCAUGAUACUGCCACAAUUUGCAUGGGGUCGUUCUCUGGUUGGUGUUACCCUGGCUCCAGGUUUAUACCUUAUGGAUAUUGUACAACUGAUCCUCACCAUCCCAGCUCAAUUCAUCAUUGGUCGUCGAUUUUUGAUAUCUGCUUACCGCUCGUUGUGUCACAAAUCUCCAACUAUGGAUGUACUUGUCUCUUUGUCUACUCUGGCUGCUUUUACUUUUUCAAUCAUCUCUAUGUUACGUGCUAUUCUUACUCAAGCAUCAUCAAGACCUUCUGUAUUCUUUGAUACUUCCAGUAUGUUGAUUUCUUUUAUUUUGAUGGGUCGUUAUCUCGAAAACAAAGCAAAAGGACAAUCUUCAACUGCAUUAUCCAAACUGAUGUCUCUCACUCCAUCUACUGCCUGCAUGCUCAAACUAGAUCCAGUGACCAAAGUUGUAGUGGGUGAAAAAAGAAUUCCUUCUGAAUUGAUUCAACAAGGUGAUCUACUCAAAAUUGUGCCUGGUGACAAGAUUCCUACGGAUGGCUUGGUGAUCAACGGGAUGUCUUCUGUGGAUGAAAGUAUGGUGACGGGUGAAGUGGAUGCUGUCAACAAGAAACCUGGUGAUACUGUGAUUGGUGGUACUGUCAAUGGAUUAGGAACCUUUACAAUGGAAGCAACUCGUGUGGGAUCAGAUACGGCAUUGAGUCAAAUCGUAAGACUUGUAGAAGAUGCUCAAGUUAGCAAGGCUCCAAUUCAAGGUUUUACUGAUGUGGUUGCUGGUUAUUUUGUUCCUUGUGUGAUUGCUCUUGGGUUUGGUACUCUGAUGGUUUGGACACUCUUGGUAACCUUUCUUGGUGUGGAUCGUAUGCCUCCAAUGUUACGUAUGGAAAUCACUCAAGAAGGCAAUGGUGAUUGGUUCUUUGUAUGUCUCAAGAUGUGUAUCAGUGUGAUUAUCGUAGCUUGUCCUUGUGCUUUGGGAUUGGCGACGCCAACAGCCGUGAUGGUAGGAACUGGACUUGGUGCUGAAAAUGGUGUUCUCUUUAAAGGUGGUUUGGUAUUGGAAAAGGGACAAAAAGUGAACAAGGUAGCAUUUGACAAGACUGGUACAUUGACGAUUGGCAAGAUGGAAGUGGUAGAAUACAACUCUUGGGACAAUAUCGAAACUACACGUGCAUUGAUGUUUUUUUUGGCUGCCAUGGCGGAAGCUCAUAGUGAACAUUUAUUAGGUCGUGCUGUAGUCAACAAGUUCAAGGCUUUGGCUAAUGUACAGGUGACGGAUGAUCUAGCUUCUGUAUCUCACUUCAAGAGUGAAACGGGAUUUGGUGUUGAAUGUCAUAUUGAUUUGGCCAAUACUGCUUUAACAGGGAACGAUUUCAAUCAAAAGGUGAUGGAUGCUAUUUCACAACAGAUGCAACAAUAUAUUGUGGUGGUGGGUAAUCAACGAUGGCUAGAACAACAUCAUGAUAUUCAUCUCUCGGAACAACAAGUACAAUCCUUACAAGAUCAAGAACGUCAAGGUUAUACAUGUAUUUUGAUUGGAAUGAAUGGUAUGGCGACUGGUUAUAUUUCGAUUUCUGAUGUGGUCAAACCGGAAGCUAAACAUGUGAUUGCGACACUUCAUCGUAUGGGGAUUCAUACUGCAAUGGUGACUGGUGACAAUGAAUUGGCAGCAAAGACGAUCGCUAGACAACUAGGAAUAGAGGAAGUACAUGCUGGUGUGUCACCCAAUGGAAAAACUCAAUUGGUACAACGGAUGCAACGAGAAGCUUGGAUGCCUUUACAACAAGAAUCGAAAUGGCAACAACAAUCAUGGCGGAUUUGUUCUUUAUGUACAAUGAUUCUUAGGGGUAUUCAUCAAAUAAGGAAAUCGGAUAUAUCAACAGUGGUGGCAAUGGUUGGAGAUGGAAUCAAUGACUCUCCUGCAUUGGUACAAUCAGAUUUUGGAAUUGCUUUGUGUAGUGGAACAGAUAUUGCUAUGGAAGCGGCAGAUGUUGUAUUGAUGCGAAAUGACUUGGCGGACGUGGUGACAGCUUUAGAUCUAUCAAGGUCCAUCUUUCGAAGAAUCAAGAUCAAUCUUGGAUGGGCAUGUAUAUACAAUCUUAUUGGCAUUCCAUUGGCAAUGGGUAUCUUUAUGCCUUGGGGAUAUCAUCUUCAUCCUAUGAUGGCAGGUUUGGCCAUGGCAGCAAGUUCUACAAGUGUGGUGGUUAGUAGUCUGAUGUUGAAAUGGUUCUGGCGCCGACCUUCUUUAUUGAAUCAACAAACAACAAGUAAAUCUUCUUCUUCUUCUUUAUGGUCUCGACUUCUUUCUCCUGUACCUUUUAUUGGACAACGUAUACAAGCAUCUUAUCAACCCCUUGCAACGGAUACUGCUCAAUCUUAUGAUUUGGAAACUUUUGGUCAUUAGAUUAGUUUGUUAUUUAGUUAAUUUUACAUAUAUUUAUAUAUCAUUCCACUCUUUUAUUUCAUUAUUUUUUUUUAUUACACUCAUUUAUUAUUAUUAUUAUUCCUGCAUUACUUUCAUAUUCUCUUUCUCUCUCUUUUUUUUUCUAUUUUCUUCAAAUAAAAUAGAACAUGAAAUCAUA